CAAAUAAUUAUAUUUGGAUUUCUAAAUGUUAACAUAAAACCUUAGGAAAAGUCUUUUUCUUGGACAAGAUAAAUGGUUAAGAUCUUGUUGGUGAUUGAGCUUGGAGAAAAGUUGUCUGCUUUUGUAAGAUGCCAACAAGAGAUCUGGGUCCUGUUCUUUUUGUAUUUUUCUACAAUUUUUACUCAGAAUUUCAUGCCUAUAGCAAAUUUAACUGGACACCAAGCUUUCCAACUAAAAAAUCAUAUUCAGAGUUACUUGAAUGGUGACUCAAAUGCUCCCACUUGCAAUAUGUUCAACAAGACAAGACAAGUGUAUCACUUAAACACACUCUGUUUUGUACGCAUGAUAGUUUUGUGCUUUGGCAAUGGUGGAUUUAGUAGGCCCACCGCCUAGAAAUUCUGCAGAUCCUAUGGCUUACCGGUAAACAAAGACUCUGACACUUAUCCGAAUUCACAAAGAAAGUGAAAAUCUCACCACAUAGGCACAUAGGCACAUACAUCAACUUUCUUCCAUGAUUUUGAUUCCUUUGUUAUCCCUCCAAGCUCUGUUUCUCAAAGGGUCAGGUUUUGUGACUGCCAAGGCUCUUCAGCUACAGGUACUCUGGGCUUCUAAGUCAUUGGUAAUUGAAAUUGAAGCAGCAUACCUUGUUUCUGACUAUUUUAUCACAGUUUAAUUUCAGGAAAGUCACCAUGAGAAGACUUUGGCUUCUGGUUUUAAUGAUCUUUUGCGGUGAGUUAUUUCCAUAUGGGAUUAGUAGAACAUAUGCUUCUGGAGCACCCAAUGUUGUGAACACUGGGGCAAUUCUCGCAUACACAUCUACCGUUGGGAAAGUUGCAAAAUUGGCAAUAGAAGCUGCGGUUGAAGAUGUGAAUUCAGAUCCAACUGUUCUUGGUGGAGCUAAGCUUAAUAUUAAAAUGCACGACACAAAUCACAGCGGAAUUCUGGGCAUCGCUGAGGCCUUACAGUUCUUGGGGGGUGAAACAGUGGCCAUAAUUGGUCCACAGGAUUCUGUGACCGCUCAUGUGGUCUCUCAAGUUGCAAAUGAGCUUAAAGUCCCUCUAUUGUCAUUCUCAGCAGCAGACCCUACCUUGUCUUCACUCCAGUUCCCUUUUUUUGUUAGGACUACCCAGAGUGAUUUGUACCAGAUGGCUGCAAUAGCUGAAAUUGUGAACUACUAUGAUUGGGGGGAAGUAAUAGCAAUCUAUGGAGAUGAUGACUAUGGAAGAAAUGGGAUUGCUGCAUUAGGAGAUAAGCUUGCUGAGAAACGUCGCAAGAUAUCAUUCAAAGCGCCUUUGAGCCCUCAAGCAACCCGGACUGAAAUCACUGAUUUACUGAUUACAGUGGCUUUAGCCCAGUCUCGGAUUCUUAUUGUUCAUACCUCUGCCAGUUGGGGUCCUGAGGUGUUUCAUGUGGCUCAAUACCUCGGGAUGAUGGGACCUGAGUAUGCUUGGAUUGCUACUAACUGGCUUUCUACUUCCUUAGAUACUGAUUCUCCUCUUCCUCCAGAUGUGAUGAGUGACUUGCAGGGAGUUCUUACAUUGCGUAUGCACACUCCAGAUUCAAAACUCAAAAGGAAGUUUGUUUCUAGAUGGGGAAACUUAACCAGGGGAAGUGCAUCUAAUGCACCUAUUGGCUUGAGUACUUACGGUCUUUAUGCAUAUGACACUGUUUGGCUGCUUGCUCAUGCAAUUGAUUCAUUUUUCAAGCAGGGUGGCAAUAUUUCAUUUUCAAAGAAUCCCAAAUUAGUAGAUGUACCAGGAGAUUUGCAUCUUGAUGCAAUGAAGAUCUUUGACAGGGGGGACUUGUUGCUUCAGAACAUUUUACAGGCCAAUCUGACUGGUAUAUCAGGCACUAUUAAGUUCAUCUCAAAGGAUCUCAUAAAUCCUGCAUACGAAAUCAUCAAUGUGGCUGGAACAGGAUACAGAAGGAUUGGUUAUUGGUCAAAUUAUUCAGGCUUAUCAGUUGAGCCACCAGAAACACUUUAUGGAGGUUUGCCUAAUCGCUCCAGGCUGAAUCAGUUUCUAUACAGUGUCAUUUGGCCAGGAGAAGCAAAAGGGAAGCCGCGAGGAUGGGUGUUUCCUAACAAUGGAAGACACCUGAAAAUUGGAGUGCCAAACCGGGUUAGUUUUCAGGAGUUUGUCUCAGUAGAAGGCACUGAUAUGAUUUCAGGAUUCUGCAUUGAUGUAUUCACUGCUGCUAUUAACUUGUUGCCAUAUGCCGUCCCGUAUAAAUUGCUUCCAUUUGGGGAUGGCCAUAACAAUCCAAGUGGUACUGAGCUUGUGAGAUUGAUCACAGCAGGGGUUUAUGAUGCUGCAGUGGGUGACAUAGCAAUCAUCACUAACCGGACUAGGAUGGUGGACUUCACUCAGCCAUAUAUUGAGUCAGGACUAGUUGUGGUUGCCCCAGUUAAGAAGUUGGACUCUAAUGCUUGGGCAUUUUUAAGGCCAUUUUCUCCAAGAAUGUGGGGUGUCACGUCAAUCUUUUUCCUAGCUGUAGGUGCAGUCGUUUGGAUUUCAGAGCAUAGACACAAUGAUGAUUUUCGAGGACCUCCAAGGAGGCAAGUUGUCACUGUUUUCUGGUUUAGCUUUUCAACGAUGUUCUUUGCCCACAGAGAAAACAUAGUCAGCACCCUUGGGCGCAUAGUGCUGCUCAUAUGGCUAUUCGUGGUUCUUAUAAUAAACUCAAGCUACACUGCCAGCCUGACCUCAAUCCUUACAGUGCAACAGCUUUCUUCUCACAUCGAAGGCAUUGGCAGUUUAAGAGCAAGUAAAGAUCCCAUCGGGUAUCAACAGGGUUCAUUUGCCAGAAACUAUCUAGUUGAUGAUCUGGGCUUCGAUGAGUCAAGACUUGUACCUCUUAACUCUCCAGAAGAAUACGCUAAAGCAUUGAUAGAUGGUCCUCGUAAGGGCGGAGUUGCUGCAGUUGUCGACGAUCGUGCUUAUGCAGAACUCUUCCUCUCAUCCAGAUGUGAAUUCAGUAUAGUUGGUCAAGAAUUCACUAAAAAUGGCUGGGGAUUUGCCUUUCCUCGGGACUCGCCUUUAGCAGAAGACAUGUCGACUGCAAUUCUGAAAUUGUCAGAGAACGGGGAUCUUGAGAGGAUUCAUAACAAAUGGCUCUUGAGAAGGGCUUGUAGUUCCCAGGGGUCAAAACUAGAAGUUGAUAGGCUGCAGCUUAAAAGCUUCUUGGGACUUUACUUAGUAUGCGGAUUGGCUUCUCUGUUUGCUCUGUUCAUAUAUUUCCUGCAGAUGGCCCGCCAGUUCAGUCGGUACUAUCAUGAGCAGGAUAUGGAGUCGACUGGUACGAGUUCACGAUCUUCCCGCAUUCAGACAUUUCUUUCAUUUGUCAAAGAUAAGGAAGAAGAUGUAAAAAACCGGUCAAAGAGAAGAAAUAUAGAGAGAAGCAGAAACGAUGAUGAAUUGAGUAGUUCCAACUCCAACACAAGGCACAUCGAUUGGUCUAGAAACACUAGUCUUCAAUCAGAGAAUUGAUGCAUACUUGAUACAAAUCCAAUUGUAUGGAAUGGAGAGGAGACCAGAUCUUAUACAGUCUAACAUACCAUGAAUGUAUUUAUUAAUAAUAUAUAUAUAUAUAUAUAUAUAUAUAUAUAUAUAUAUAUAUAUAUAUAUAUAUAUUGACGGAAAUUGAAUACAAAUAACUGUAUAUAUAUUACACUUAACAGAUUUUUAAUAUCUAUAUUACAGUCUCUAAUGUAAACAAAGUCAUAUUUCGAAUUUUAAA